GGUAAAAGCAUCUACGUCCAUUUGUUGUGUUCUAGAUGAGCUGUGCGUGUGGGUUGGGAGUUGCUGCUGUUUAAUGUGCCGUACCAUCAUAUUAAACCCAGUGAAACCUUAAUCGCACAAUACAAUGUCUGUUGGUAAACUAAUAGGCUGUACGUGAAUGGGGAGAGACAUGAUUAUGAGAUUGAGAAGGAAUGGAAAGGAGCUGGAGUUUUUAAAUUUUUAUUUUAGCAGGUAAGGCCUACUGGGCUAUAAUAUAUUUUUCAGAAGCGACCUGGCCACAAAUGACAGCUCUACUGAGUGGCUUAUCACAUGGAAAUUUAUAGCAACUAAAUACUUUUAAGUCCUGUUUCUAAGUGUAGAGUGAAUAACCGGAGGACCCGGAGAAAAAUCCACACGAUCACGGGGAGAACAUGCAAACUCUAAAUAUACAGGUGUCAGGAUCAGGAUCGAAUCCAUGACCUCCUGUAUUCCAGGCCAGGUAAUUAAUAUAUCGCCACCGUGGUGAGUUGAACAGGUGAGGGAAAUAAGUAAAACUCUGCUGUAGUAAAGUAAUAUUUUUGCAAAAGUGACAAAUCAGAAGACAGUGUCCACAGCCAAGGAAAUGGAGUUACAGACAAUUAGAGCAGUACAGGGAGAAGGGGUCAGUUCCCAUUGAGUGAUUGUUGUUGUUUAUAAAAGCCUUAAUGUGUUGGGAACAGUGGGCAAAUAGCUAUGGUUUACUUAAUAUAAUUGGCAGAAAAAUAUGGCAAUUAACACAUCUGUUGAAUAUCAUUGUCCGUAAUACCAAUUGUCUUGCUGUCAUGCAUUUGUGAAUCUCAGUGGUAUGAUAAUAAUGUGUAUGAACUCGGAAGGCAUUGGAGUUAAGUGUAAUAUUAUAUUUUGUUAAUAUGAAUAUAAAACCUUAAGGAAUGGCAGUAUGUACCUGCACAACAGAAUAAUUGUGCGUGAUGCCACAUUGCUUACAAUAUUCAAAUUCUAACAUCUGGUAUUUUGUCCUAAGCACAAGGCACGGACAUUCGUGCAAUUUUAUAAAUUUUCGUACGUUUCUUAGACUUGAUGACACACGCAAAUCGAAAUAAUGAACACUUAAUGUGUUAUCAAUACGCUACACAGCUAACUGAAUUAUUAAACAACGAUUUGUAAGUAAAUUUAGUAAACGUGUUGGUUAAUGCUCUCGAAAGGCCCCCCCCCUUGCAGCGGCGUAAACACCGCCCUUGGUAAAAGCCACACAAAAUUCCCAGGUGAGAAAGAGGGGUGGUGUUUUUUUUCCGUGACGAGCUUUCGACAGGGCUGCCACACACCACCGCCUUGCGGGAUCACUCGCAAACAAAAAACGAGAGAGGCAGCGGCCUCGGCCAGCCUCUCAGCCACUUACCCACAAUCCCCAGGGGGCCUAUCUAGCAGGCGGUAAUUACGGUGCUGCCGUCUGCACAGAAUUUGUGGUUCUUAAUUUCACCGCAGAUGUAGAGGCACGAAGAGCGGGCACCUGGCUCGCGUUUUUAUUUUUUAUUUUUAAAAAAGACACAUUUUUAAACGAUAUCACGCUGCCCGCGACGUCGCGCCAUGGAACUUGAUAAGUGUGAUUACGCUGACGGCGACGGUGCUGAAUACAACCCUUUUCCCCGGCAUCCUGUCGUGAUGGCGACGCAGACGUAUGUGACCGAGCUGACGGUGUCGCAGCCGGCGCAGCAGCAGCAGCCCCAGCAGCAGUACGUCCAUGUCAUCGUGUCCGAGAGCGGCAUGCAGGCGACUGCCUCCACCUCGGACUCGGCACGCUCUGUGCCGCUGCAGGUGUCCUCAGCUGGGCAGCCCCCAGGGGCUGCACAGGGAGUCCAGCAGGGGCAGCAGCAGCAGCAGCAACAGCAGAGGCUGGUGGUGCAGACGUCCACACCUCCCCAGAAGUCUACGCAGCCCCAGAGGGUGCAGGUCCCGCAGCAGGUGCAGGUGCAGCAUGUGUACCCCAGCCAUGUGCAGUACGUGGACGGCAGUGACCCGGUGUACACCAAUGGAGCCGUGGACAGUAAAGGCGAUUUGCUUUGCUUGUGGGCGAGCAGGCGAGCAGCAUCCUACCCUUACAGUGAGGCCCAGCUCUACGGCCAGGGAGAAGGCCCUGUCUACUACGACUCACAGGGCCGUGUCACGACGCAGCUGGGUACCGUGGUCUCGUCGCAUGGCCUCAUGAGCACAGGCGGCAGUGGCGGCGGCAGUGAGAUGGGAGCAAUGGGGGUCGGCGGUGGGCAGGUGCUCACCGAGGCCGGGGGUGCGUACCUCAUCCAGACGAUGGACGGCUCGGGGCAGUCGCUGAGCCAGGCCACACGCGCCUCGCCUGCCACGAUUGAGUUGACGUUUGAGACCCUGCAAAGCUCUGAGGGUUUCCCGAAUCAGCAAAGUUCUCUGCUAAACCACCAUGUGCAGUGGCUGAUCGACAACUACGAGACGGCAGAGGGGGUGAGCCUUCCGCGCUGCACCCUCUACAACCACUACCUGCGUCACUGCCAGGAACAGAAGCUGGACCCCGUCAACGCAGCGUCCUUUGGCAAGCUCAUCCGCUCCGUGUUCCUCGGCCUCCGCACGCGGCGCCUCGGCACCAGAGGCAACUCGAAGUACCACUACUAUGGCAUCCGCAUCAAGGCAUCAUCCCCGCUCAACCGCAUGCAAGAUGACCACCAGCACGCGGCCCUGAGGCAGCAGCCGCUCAUCCAGAAGCAGCGUUUCAAGCCAACAGCAAAGGCGGACGGAGUGGGCGAGGCGCAGGGCGUGGGGCCGCAUGGUUCGGCUGAGCAAGCUCUCGUCGCUCAAACCCAGCAGCACCAGCAGUUCCUAGAUGCGUCACGGGCACUGCCAGCGUUUGCAGAGGUGGAGUGGGGGGAAAUCACCUUCCCGCCGGGUGUUUCCAUUGAGCACGUGCGCACGCUGCAGACGCUCUACCGCGAGCAUUGCGAGGCCAUCUUGGACAUCGUGGUGAACCUGCAGUUUGGGUUGAUUGAGACCAUAUGGCAGACUUUCUGGAGGUACAGCCCUCCGGAUGAUGAUGAUACUAGCAUGGACGUACAGCACAGGCAAAAUGGCUACGAGAAGCGGCUCCCAAAGGGGGCGCUGGCGACACUGUGCCGGUGGGAGCCGGUCAUGAAGUGGAUGCGGAGCUGUGACUACCUGCUGUACCAGGCACUGGUGGAGGUGCUCAUCCCAGACGUGCUACGGCCCAUCCCCAGUGCCUUGACACAAGCAAUCCGGAAUUUUGCCAAGAGCCUGGAGGGCUGGCUGGCCACGGCCCUGAGUGGGCUACCCCAAGAAGUCAUACACGCCAAGGUGGCGGCGGUGAGUGCCUUCGCUCAGACACUGCGGCGCUACACGUCGCUUAACCACCUGGCGCAAGCGGCACGGGCUGUUCUUCAGAACACUUCGCAGAUCAACCAGAUGCUCAACGACCUCAAUCGUGUCGACUUUGCCAACGUGCAGGAGCAAGCGUCGUGGGUGUGCCAGUGCGAGGAGGGCGUGGUAACGCGACUGGAGCAGGACUUCAAGGUGACACUGCAGCAGCAAAACUCACUGGAGCAGUGGGCUGUGUGGCUGGACGAGGUGGUCACCACCGUGCUCAAACCACACGAGGGCAGCGCCAGCUACGCCAAGGCCGCGCGCCAGUUCCUGCUGAAGUGGUCCUUCUACAGUUCGAUGGUGAUCCGAGACUUGACCCUACGCAGCGCGGCCAGCUUUGGCUCCUUCCACCUCAUCCGCCUGCUCUACGACGAGUACAUGUUCUACUUGGUGGAGCAGCGGGUGGCACGGGCGCGCGGGGAGACGCCCAUCGCCGUCAUGGGCGAGUUUGCUGACCUGGGAUCAGGAUUCUUGUCCUUGAAUGGGAUAAAAGACCGAGAGGCCAGCCAGAGGGACUCAUGGGACGAGGUGUCGGUGGAGUCGGGUGAACCGGCACCCAAACUGACUCGCACGGAGCUUAAGUAGGAGAUGGAAAAAACGAGCGAGAGAAAGAGGCAGGGGAAAGGUGCGGACAAAGACGGCGGCUCGGAGGACGAGAGUUUAUCCAGCGUGGCUGCGACCCAACGCUACGUGUUGUGUGUCUGUGGAAAGGGCAGUGGGUUGAAGUUGCCCGCUGCAGCUGCUGUUGGUGGUGGUGGUGUACAAAACCUAGACCGCGGCGAAAUUCUUUGUGGCAUAAGUAGCGUGGGCUGAUGACUGCUGAACGUGUACAGUGCUGAAUAUUGCAGAUGUUUAUUUCGCUUGCUCUAUUCAUUUUUUAUUCAUGUAUUUUUUAACACAGCCUCUUGUUAUCAACAUAUUUUUUAAAAGAUAUUUAAUUCUAUUGAAGGCUGGCGUCCUUGUAACUCAAAUGUUAGAGAUCAAUGUAAAUGUUUGAAGUGUGAGUUUGUGCAGAGUGAGCGAUCGGGAGCCGAGGGUGGUGGUAAAUGUUGUGGAUUAUGUAGACAGCAGAAUGUCUACAGAAAUGGCAAGUGCAUGAACACACGCACCAUUCGCCACUUCAUCCCUGAUUAAGUUGGUUUGUAAAACUUACGAAUGGUGACAGUCACUGUGUUUCCCCUUACAAUAUUACAAAAACAUGGUAAUUUUGUACAGAUUUAACUGUGGAUGAAUCGCAGGUGUUUCUCCUGCCAGUUUUGAGUCAAUUAUAUUUUGAUGUGGCGUUGUCAAUUCAAUUAACCGUGUAAAUGCGAACGUGUCCUUUGUCUCAUUAUUCUUUUGACUGGUGCCUGUAAAGCAGCAUCGGCCGCCCCGGUGAAUGCUCGCUACAUUUGCUUAUGCAACACUUGUGUGCCAACGUGGACAGCUCGUAUAAACCCUCGUUUCCUUUUCACAAAGACGCGAUGGGCACAUUUGCCGUCUCCGAGCGACCGACGUAUCGACAAGAUUCUUGGGACGCUCUAUCGCAUCGAACACGCUCCGAUCGGCAGCACAAAAUGGACACAGUUGUAAGAGCCGAUCGAUCGCCACACGACACAUUGGGCCUUUUAUGUUGCAUUUGGGACGUCCUUCAUCCUUCACAGCCGGCCCCAUUAGGCAGCUUGCUGGAGAGUGUACUGACUAAGUCGGUGCUGGUCUCUCGUAAAUUACCAACCGAAGGGUUUCAUUGUGGUAGCAGUGUGAGGAAUAGGUUGCGUGGCAUAUUCGGCCAUCCUGAGCAGGCUUCUGUCCAGGUGUGGGACUAAGAGGAUAGAAAGUACAUGCCUGGAUUCUCAAGGCCACUAAUUAUACUUUAGCCACCAUGGUCUUAGCCUUGUUAAAGCUGUCAAUCUGACCACACAGCAGGGAGGUGUUGAUGCUGUCUGGUCAGUCUGGUGUUUGUAAGGGAAAGGUGGGUUUGGUGUACGUGUAAGUUCGUGCUCGGCGACACAUCACGUGCACAUUACAAUUUGACGUUUAGCUUGACAAAUUGUACCUUGCCCUGACACGCUAUAAAUAUCAGACUGGUUUGGCAUCUUUGCAAUUGAGCCACGUUGAAAGCUGCCACGGAAGUUAUUGAUCUUGGAGUGGAAAAUAAACGUGCAAAUGCUGCCUUUGUUUGAUGCAGUGGGGGGAGAAAUAAAAAAAAACAGCCAGAACUUG